CGUAAUUUCGCGACGGAAGCAGUUUGUUUCCCAUCAGUGGACAUUUCUGGCUGAUUCAUUGUAGCUUGUUUGUGGGGGACUGCUGCUCUUCGGAAAUAGACUGUCAAGAAUCAAGGUGACCAGACAGCAGACCCUGAAAUGGACCGACUGUUGAGGCUCGGAGGUGGAAUGCCAGGGCUUGGCCAGGGCCCCCCCACAGAUGCCCCGGCUGUGGACACAGCUGAGCAGGUGUACAUCUCCUCUUUAGCUCUGCUCAAGAUGCUCAAACAUGGGCGUGCUGGUGUACCAAUGGAGGUCAUGGGCUUGAUGCUUGGAGAAUUUGUUGAUGACUAUACCGUGCGAGUGAUUGAUGUGUUUGCCAUGCCCCAGUCUGGAACAGGAGUGAGUGUUGAAGCUGUGGAUCCCGUCUUCCAGGCCAAAAUGUUGGACAUGCUAAAGCAGACUGGAAGGCCUGAGAUGGUGGUGGGCUGGUACCACAGUCAUCCAGGAUUUGGCUGCUGGUUGUCUGGUGUUGAUAUUAACACCCAACAGAGUUUUGAAGCCCUAUCGGAGAGAGCUGUAGCUGUUGUGGUUGAUCCUAUUCAGAGUGUCAAGGGCAAGGUUGUCAUUGAUGCCUUCAGAUUGAUCAACGCCAACAUGAUGGUCUUGGGUCAUGAACCGAGACAGACAACAUCGAAUUUGGGACAUCUGAACAAACCAUCCAUUCAGGCCUUAAUUCACGGCCUUAACAGACAUUACUACUCCAUUACCAUAAACUACAGGAAAAAUGAGCUGGAGCAGAAGAUGCUGUUGAACUUGCAUAAGAAGAGCUGGAUGGAGGGUCUGACCCUGCAAGACUACAGUGAGCACUGCAAGCUCAACGAGACCAUUGUCAAGGAAAUGUUGGAGCUGGCUAAGAACUACAAUAAGGCUGUGGAAGAAGAGGACAAGAUGACCCCGGAACAGUUGGCCAUCAAGAACGUUGGCAAACAGGAUCCCAAGAGACAUCUGGAAGAACAUGUCGAUGUUUUGAUGACAUCCAACAUCGUCCAGUGCUUAGCUGCCAUGUUGGACACAGUGGUUUUCCAGUGAUGGCUAGUGUUUAUAACUGUUAAUAUUGCAACACUUGUCUCCUUUUAUAAAAAUAAAUGUAUGUAUGAAAUUGAAA